AUGACCGCAAUUAGGCAGGCCAUCGCAGUCACGGAACAAUUUGAUGGGCACGCAUUCCGCAUCUUCACAGACAGCCUUUCUGCUAUUUAUGCAAUACGUAAUCCCUACCAUUCCUCUACUAAGAUAGCUGAUACCCAGGCUUUGCUUAGAGAGAGUGAGAGUCGAAGGACUAUUCAUAUCUCCUGGAAAAAUGCACAUGCUGGAUACCAGGGAAAUGAAGAAGCCGAUGAACUCGCCAAAGAAGUAGCAAGAAACAUCAAUGCUCAGCCUGUGCCCACUCUGUUUCCUACAUCUUCUCUAAAGCGACAGAUCUGGGAGAAGGCAUUAAAGCAAUGA